AUGCAGAUCCUCAUCAAAACCCUUACAGGCAGGAAGCAGUCUUUCAACUUCGAGCCUGACAACACUGUGCUCCACGUAAAGCAAGCUCUUCAAGAAAAAGAAGGCAUCGAUGUGAAGCAGAUACGCCUGAUCUAUUCCGGCAAGCAAAUGAGCGAUGAACUGAAAUUGUCUGAUUACAAAGUUGUUCCGGGCUGUACGAUACACAUGGUCUUGCAGCUGCGGGGAGGCUGCUAA